GUCCCCUGGUCUCUAUGACUACAUUUCUGUUCCCGCGAGAUGUUGUUUUAAGGUGAGCAGAGUCCCCGGACGGCAGUUGCUAUGGAUACAGGAGUUGUCUUCACCUGUGGUGAAGUCUAAAACCAAUUUGUUUACACGGACCCGACUAAUUAACAGCCAUAAAUCAGAGAUCAUGGAGUCUGAUGAUCAGCUGAACGAACUGCGGCUUCAGUUUCAAGCACUGCAAAAUCAGCAGGAAAAAAGGAAACAGGAGAGGAAAAAGGAGAAACAGCCAGACAAGCUCAAUGACAGUGGCGGUCAGGAUGAUUUGGAUCUGUCUAACCAAGGUGUUCAGGCAAACUGUGAUGCUCCCCAAAACAGGCUGUUGCACAUUCAGAAUAAGGCCCUCCUUGACCAAUUGAGAGAGCUAAAGGAUGAAAAUGGUCGGCUCUUCAAACUUCUGAGCGAGAAGGAUUUUGAAAUUAAGCACCUGAAGAGGAAAAGAGAAGAAGAAAGACUGGCUUUAGCAGGUACUUCAGGCUUGGCAGGAGCUGUAGCUGCCACCAAGAUUGUUGAGCUAUCCAAGAAGAAUAGAGAAUUAACUGCUGAAAUUGAGCAAGAGAAGAUUAAAUGUAAGCAAAAUGGCAACAGAAUCAAAGAGCUUGAAAGAGAGCUGCAGGCCAUGCUGGUACACGGUGUACCUGGGCAAAAAGUCGAUUCAAAGUCACCAGUUAAGAUCUCAUCUGAAGAAUGUGAGGAAAGUGCACUGGUUAAAUCUCUGCAGGAAAAAUUAGCAACUACCCAACUGAAGGUGACCGAGUACCGCAACCAGGUGCAGUCUGCCAAGCAGGAGUUGAAAAUGGCACACAAGGUUCUGAUUAGUGAGAUUGGAGAGGAGGUCAACCUUCAGCAAUUACUAAGCUGCCCUGGGAGCUUUAGAGGUCGAGCACAGCAGAUACUGGCUCUGCAGACAAGGGUACGGGAGCUUGAGCAGCAGCUGAACAAGUCAACACAACAAAGGCAGUCAAGUGUUCUGAGUGGAGAGGAAGAGUUUCUGGGCAUGGGUGUUCUUCAGAAAACUCCUCCGCAGGAAAGAAAUGUCAACUACAUCCGCACUAUAGAGAAAGAGAAGAGGGAAGCCCUUGAGAGGCUCUCAGUGGAUUAUGAGGCACUGUUGAAAGAACACAAAGAUGUGAAGCAAAAGCUGGAAGCCUCUAAAGCCAGGAGCAAAACUCUAUCUGCUGAAGUCAAAACUCUGAAGCAUCAAAUAUCAACCCUGAUGGAGAAGGGGAAACACGAUGAUGAGUUCGUGGCUGCUUUGAUGAAGCAGCAGGCCCAGAUGCAAACGGUAUUAAAACGACUCAGCCAAAAACAAAACGUACAGAGCAAGGUGAUGCAGCAGAGUGUAGGACAACAGCUGAGCAACAUACCUUCAGAGCACAGUGCUAUCGUCCAGAGAUUUAAGGAGAUACUUGCUGAGAAAGAUGCCAUUAUCAAAAAACUACAGAAAAGCCAGCAAUUCUCUGAUAAGGUGUUGAAGAACGAUGAUGUGCACAGACAGCCCAGCAUCAGGAUAACAAACUGUACUUCUCCUGUUUCCCCAGAAGAGGGAGACAUUACCAAUAGAAUUCCAUCUUCAGGUUCAAUUUCUAAAUUUGGUCACAAACUGGUGCUGCCAGCUGUGGGAAGUGGCAUAGAAUUCACAGAGAAAGUGAUGAGCCACACAUGUUUGGAGGCACAAGUACCAAGAGGAGCACCACACGCCAGUGAUCCUGGAGGAGUUUGAGAGGACAAAAUUAGAUUAAACUCUGUCGGCAGGAGCAGAGUCCCUGAGCACCAUGGAGUCUCUGAGCAACAGGAACUGUCCACAGACAAACCUGAACAGACUGUCCAGCAGUCCAGCUGGCAUUUGUAAACACUUUAUUUCUAACUUUGACAACACUGCCUUAAACUGGUUCUGGUUCAAGAGUUUUCUUUCUCCAACCAUAAGAUUUAACCAGAUGACAGAAAUAAUGAUGUGCGGCAGUAGACACGCUACAGACAGCAGUGCUCGUUCUGCCCGUCACAUCGGGGUUGAGCGGAGAUGUUCAUGUUGUUCUUGUAUGUUGUCUCUUGGCUGGUCAUUCAGCUGGAGGAAACGCGGGCGCUGAGGGCAUCCCUAAAGAGCACUCUCCACCAUGACCUGCAGCUUUCAGUGACGUGAUGAGACAAGUCAGGCAUGUUUUCCUGGAGGCUCUGUGACAGCACAGACAAGACACUAACCAGGGGAACUGGCUGGUCCCUGCUCAGCCUCACUUCCAGCUGAGCCCUACCUUCUCCUGUCACAUGUGACAAACAGCAGCCUGCAGGAGAAA